AAGGGACGUAACAUCGUGGGCCGAUGGCGACAGCUAAGACGCAUGCGAUCGCAGAGCUCAUGCAGAAGCUCAAGGCGGGAGACAUCUCCAAGGCCGAGCUCUUCAUGCAGCUGUCCAAGCUUCAGCCUACAGGUGGUGGCGGCGGUGGGCCAGAACCGCCUGCGCCGACAGUGCCCUUCAAGCGGAGCGGGACGUCGUUUGCGGCGUCCGUGGUGGAGAGCAACGAGCGCGGAGCAGGAGGCAUGUCGUCUUUGCGGCCACAGCAUCAUUCGCUUUACGAUACGGAUCGAGCUGGGGUUUCACACGAUCAAGCCAAGCUAAUAUCGGUCCAACAGCUCUUGGCGAGCCGGCUAGCCGCCGAGAAAGCCCACCAGCUCCAGCACACCAUGUUGCCGCCCGACGAAACUCGCCAAGCAGCAGCGCCAGCACCGUCGGCAGCAUUCGUGGCAACGGAUCCAUUUGCAUAUUCCCCGAUGCAGGAAAGCCCCACUUUCGAGGAUGGUUCGCUGAGCGGCAGAUCGUCCCAACUAAACGACUAUGACAGCGGCGCGUCCCGGUAUGUGCACUACUUGGAUGAAGAUUCGUUCCAUGUUCGCGUGUCGCGGUGGAAGCAGCAAAAGGAGAGUCUUAAGGAGAAGCUUAAACAAGAGCAACUCGAGGUCGAACUCAAUGAAUGCACGUUCCAGCCUACCAUCAACCCGAAAUCCCAUAAAGUGGCGUCCAAGUUGCGGCACCGCACCACCGAUUCAGUAGCCGAUCGGUUGUACAAGGAUGUCAUCAACUACAAACUGCGAGAUGAAAUGACGCUACGGGCAAGAGAACAAGAGGAACUAGACCAGCAGCGCGAGUGCACGUUCAAGCCGACUUUGAACAAAACUUCCAUGGUUCCGUCGGUUCGGUCGAAAUACAAAGAACCAGUGUAUAACAAAAAGUUUCUCGGCCCGCCCACUCUGUCCACAGACAUGGACGAGUGUACGUUCAACCCGAAGAUCAACGUCAUUCCCAAAGACAUGGUGUCGGCCCAGCUGUACACUCAGCAAAAUAUAUUUGAUCGAUUGAGUCGGCCGGCCACUGCGAUUGAAACCCCUGAAACACCCCUGGAACUUUUGGACGAAUCCUCGAGAUGUGAUGGUGGGCCGCGGAGUCUGGACGACAGCAAAACACACACAGAGAACGAAGGGUCUCGGCCGACGUCGGCGGGGUCGGUGGGCGAUGGCCGGGAUCGGAACCGGCGGUUUCGGGCGUUUGUGCGUCGGCAGGCGGCGCAAGAGUCGGACCGGCAGCGAAAGAUCGAUGCGGCGCGGGAAACCCACGCGUUCGACUUUAAACCAGCGAUCAACAAAAAGUCGAGCGAAAUCAUGCAACAAGGCCGAAAAGGCGACUUUAUCGAACGCGUGGCCAAGUACGCACUGCGGAAAGAGCACGACAAGCUCAAGAAAAAGUCCAUCAAGUUGCAGGACCCCCAGUGCACAUUCAAGCCCAAGAUCAACAACGUGAGCGCUAACCGCGUGGCACGAAGCGUGACGGAGCUCAGUCGCGGCGACUUGCUCAAGCGAGAAACCACCCAGCGUCUACUGAAACUGCGGAUGGAGCAGCACGAAAUGGCCCAGCUAACGUUCAAACCGUCGGUAAACUCGACGAGCAUCCCCCACGUCGAGAGCAAGCUCAAAGUGGUGUCGAAUCCCGACACUUAUGUCCAACGUCUGCAAGAACACACGCUGAAACUGUACGAAAAGCAGCGCAAGGCACUGCAGGAGCAAGAGAUCCUAGAGUUUACUGAAUGCACGUUCAAGCCGCAAACGAUCGACGUGCCGAGCUACAUCUCGCGCAUAGCCAAGAGCAUGGAAAUAGCCAAAGCCGUCAAAGCCAAGCACGCGGCGCAGUACCCACGCCGCGCCAAACCCGAUUGGAAAUGACAAACAUGUAGUACUAGUACAUACUAAUAAUAGUACCAAUGUGUAGCACACA